AGCCUGCUCUGGCCUGCUGCUCAUGCUGUUGAUUACGACCGUUCUUUUCUUUAUAGAAUUUAUACAUAUGUAUACGAAGACGCGUAAAUAAAUACGAUAUGAUAGCCGAUGUAGGUAUCUUUAUUUAAAAAUUAAUUCAACGUAUACGGAUUUGUUGAUAAAUUCAACAUUUAGAAGUAUACAUCUGAAACAUGAAUGAGAGAUAAAAGUGACAGAGGAAGUAUUUGCAGGUUGAGCUCGAUAACCUCACAUAUUGAGUACAUAUUUUAAUGAAUAUUACAUUUAAUUUCUCCGGCACGUUUAUUCGUUUUUAUUUUUAAAUUAAAAAUGGACAAGUUGAGGAGAGCCUUGAAUGGCAAUGAACGGAACGAUGAGGAGAGCGGUAUUAUUACCCAGGUUGAUGCAGAUUUUACGGUCAUGGAUCAAACAACGUUGAGUUGGUCUACAAGGAUAAAAGGUUUUGCAAUUUGUUUCAUCGUAGGCAUACUAUGUUCAUUCCUUGGAUCCUUUGCCUUGUUCUUACAGAAAGGCCUCGCCGUGUUUGCUGUAUUCUAUACUUUAGGCAACAUUAUUUCUUUAGCCAGUACAUGUUUCCUGAUGGGUCCAUUUAAUCAACUUAAGAAGAUGUUUGCAUCGACAAGAAUAAUUGCAACUAUAUUAGUACUCGUUUCUAUCGGUUUAACAUUGUUCGCUGCUUUACAUCUGCACAAGCCUGGCCUAGCUCUUUUAUUUAUAAUUAUUCAGUCGCUGGCUAUGACGUGGUAUUCCCUAUCGUAUAUACCAUACGCUCGUGACGCUGUCAAAAAGACUGUGGAAGCUUGUGUUACAUGAAAACAGCAAUUGUUUAUUUCAGGAAAUUUUUUUUCACUCGAGCAAGCUUUCUUUUUCUUCGUAAAAUUUCUUAUACCAAUGUAUUAUUUAAAUUUUUCGAUUUGUUAAUGCUCGAGUCGUUUUGUAACACUUAUUGAUUAUACUUUAUGUCUAAAAGAAAAAUUUAAUACGUUCUAAAUAUAUAAAUAAAUUGUAAUAUACGAAAGAAAUGAUGGAACAUUUAUACUUGUGUUGUAUAUAACAGGUAAUAUAUAAUACUUUGUGUAAUAUAUAACUAAUAGAGAUUAUACGCGAGAGUUCUUACUAUAGAAAUAAGUUAUCCGUAUAAUACAAAAUAAUAUAUUUUCAGCAUUUAUUGUCUAAU